AUGCGACGAACAUUAAUUGAGAUCUGUAAUAUAAUAGUCCGACCGUGUAUGAACUCCUUAUAUGGGUUGCGUCGUGUGUCCACGACAGCUAUGCGCCCCUGCAAACGUAUUCAGAUGCCGUUGAGCCGUGCAGUGCAAUCCAAAUCUGCUCAGAAUAAUCACGAUGACUACCACAGCAGCAUUCAAGCAAACAGUAUCGAAUCGAAAUGGACAAAUCAGAAAAACAAUCACCAAGAGCUGGAAGCUAACGAAAAGAGCUCUUUCUCGCGUGAGUUUGAAAAGCCAAGAAUGGAUGCAAGUUUUUUAGUGAACAAUUACACGGCGCCAGCACUUGCUGCCGCUUAUCAGGAUCGUGAGUAUACCUUGCGUCUUUGUGCCGAGCUACUAAGCGAAGGCAAAUUGGACGAUUUAGAAUCUGUCCUUAAGCCGUAUCACGAUUUUCCUCAGCUCGAUAGAAACACACUACAGCCAACGCCAGUUGCCAAUGCAUUCAAUAAACGUCAUCUUGAGCGUAUUCGCAAGCGACUUAGCCGGCUACCACGGCAAAUUACCAAAGCUUACUCAGCUCGUGCCGCUGUCGUCGUUCCACUGUGCACAUUUGAGGGCGAACCGUCCGUACUCUUUACAUUACGCUCGCUCACUGUUGGCAAACACAAGGGCGAGGUAUGUUUUCCUGGUGGGAUGGUAGACUCUAGUGACUCGAGCGUCGAAGGUACAUGUUUACGUGAGCUAAGUGAAGAGGUCGGACUGGGACCCGAGAGUGUUGAUGUCCUUGGUGUGCUGCGCUGCGAUUGGUCUAGUGUCACCUCGAUAACAGGUAUUGCUGUCACUCCCGUUGUAGGGUUUAUUGGCGAGAUGAGCGAUCGCACUGUUGCUAUUAAUGAAGCAGAAGUCGAGUCUCUUUUUACUGUGUCACUACGUGAUUUGAUGGAUCAAGACAAUUGGAUUCACCAUAGUAACGCUACACCAGUCUUCACGGGUGGUCCGCAUGUCAUUUGGGGAUUAACAGCUUAUCUGCUAGAUAUUUGCUUGUCUGAAGUACUGCAAAUCAGCAAUUAA